CCAAGAAAUCUUUAAAAAAAAUUGAAAAAAUUCUACACACUUUAGUAAAGUGUGUGGCUUUGUGUGUGUAUAUAUAUAAGCAUUAAGAGAGAGAGAAAGCGUUUAGUUCACUGCUUUGCUUUGUGAGUAAUGGCUUCAGGUAGAAAUGGUUUUCCCAGAGGCCCGAAUCUAAGGAAUUCAUCAUCUUUCAAAUCCAAGCUCCCGCCGUCGUCCGCUGUCCGCCGCAGCAGUCCUGGUGCGCUUGGCGCCGGAGCUGACGCCGUUUCUGGAAGAGUUAGAGUAGCUGUAAGAUUACGGCCUCAAAAUGCCGAGGAGCUUGAAGCAGAUGCAGAUUUUGCUGAUUGUGUGGAAUUGCAACCUGAGCUUAAAAGGCUGAAACUUCGGAAGAACAACUGGGAUUCAGAUACCUAUGAGUUUGAUGAGGUGCUUACUGAGUAUGCAUCACAGAAGCGUGUCUAUGAAGUUGUUGCUAAACCUGUUGUUGAGAGCGUUCUAGAGGGUUACAACGGGACAGUCAUGGCUUACGGGCAGACUGGUUCUGGGAAAACAUAUACACUUGGAAGACUGGGUGAUGAAGACACCUCUGCCCGUGGUAUCAUGGUUCGAUCACUGGAAGAUAUUUUUUCAAAUAUCUCUCAGGAGACUGAUACAGUCACUGUUUCAUACUUGCAGCUUUAUAUGGAAACUAUCCAGGACCUUCUAAAUCCAGCAAAUGACAAUAUUUCAAUUGUUGAAGAUCAAAAAACCGGUGAUGUUUCUUUACCAGGGGCAACUGUUGUGGAAAUUCGAGAUCAGCAAAGUUUUGUGGAACUUCUACGCAUAGGGGAAGCUCAUAGAUUUGCUGCUAAUACUAAGCUGAAUACUGAAUCUUCACGCAGUCAUGCUUUUCUCAUGGUGCAAGUUAGAAGGUCUGUGUUGGGAAGAGAAAAUGAUUUUACUUCUGAACAUGAUGUUUCUUCUAAUGGGGUUAACAACUUUAAGCCACCUAUUAUUCGAAAAGGCAAACUAGUUGUUGUAGAUCUUGCUGGUUCUGAGAGAAUCCACAAGUCAGGAAGUGAGGGACACAUGUUAGAAGAAGCAAAGUCCAUCAAUCUUUCGCUGAGUGCAUUAGGCAAGUGCAUAAAUGCUUUGGCAGAAAAUAGUGCUCAUGUACCAGUUCGAGAUUCCAAACUUACCAGGUUGCUUAAAGAUUCAUUCGGAGGCACUUCAAGAACUUCAUUAGUUAUAACAAUUGGCCCAUCUCCACGCCAUCGGGCAGAGACAGCAAGCACAAUUUUAUUUGGGCAAAGGGCAAUGAAGGUGGAGAAUAUGUUAAAAAUAAAGGAAGAAUUUGAUUACAAAAGUUUGUCUAAAAGGCUUGAGAUACAGAUUGAAAAACUCACUGCAGAGAAUGAAAGACUGCAGAAAGCAUGCGAGGAUGAGGUAGAAAGGAUUAAAUUGGAAGCACAAAAGCAGAUCUCUGAAGCUGAGAGAGACUGUGCAGAAGCUCUGAAGGAGGAAAAGAUGAAAUGUCAGAUGGAUUACAUGGAAUCCAUUAAACAGCUUGAGGAGAAGUGGAUGCUUAAUCAAACGAAGCAUGCCAGCAAUGGUUUUAUUGGCACUUCUCAUGCUGCAGAGGGUGGUAUGCCAUCUGGCAACGACGAAGUCUCUGAGUUGAAAAAGUUGCUUCAAAACGAAGUUCAGCAAAGGAAAGCAGCUGAAUUAGAAAUCAAGAAUUUGAAAGAUUGCCUGCUGAAAUCUAUGAAGCCAGAGCUGGCAGGUGGAAAUGCUGAUAUUUUUAACCUUCAAAAAAUGUUGGAAGAAGAGAGCCAACAGAGGAAGAAACUUGAAGAAGAAGUGAUAGUUUUACGUCAUCAGUUAUCACAAUUGACCUUGGAAGCUAGUCAGACUACUAGCUGUCCAGAUAGAAGCAGAACAGGGAAUGGCUUUGUGGGUCUUGAUUCUGUGUCUUCACUGAGACAUCUGCAGUUUAAAGAUGCAAGUGAUGGAGAGAGGCCAUCAAUUUCAAAUCUCCAUGAAAAAGUUGGAUUGCAUAAGAUAUUAUCCUUACUGGAAUCAGAUGAUCCAAAUGUGCGGAUUCAUGCUGUAAAGGUGGUGGCCAACCUAGCAGCUGAAGAAGCAAAUCAGGAAAAGAUAGUAGAAGCUGGUGGUCUUUCUUCACUGCUGAUGCUUCUGAGGAGCUAUGAGGAUGAAACUAUUCGAAGAAUAGCAGCUGGUGCAGUUGCCAAUCUGGCAAUGAAUGAAUUCAAUCAGGAGCUUAUAAUGGCUCAAGGUGGAAUCUGUCUGUUGGCAAUGACAGCAUCUGAUGCAGAGGAUCCUCAAACUUUACGCAUGGUGGCUGGUGCAGUUGCUAAUCUCUGUGGCAAUGAUAAAUUACAGACAAGGUUGAGGUCUGAAGGGGGAAUCAAGGCUCUGUUGGGAAUGGUGAGAAGCCGUCAUCCUGAUGUUCUAUCACAAGUUGCACGAGGAAUUGCAAAUUUUGCAAAGUGCGAGUCCAGAGCUGCAACUCAGGCUUUUGCAAACUUAGGUACAAAACAUGGACGAUCUCUUUUAAUAGAGGACGGAGCGCUGCCAUGGAUUGUGCAAAAUGCAAACAAUGAAGCAUCUUUAAUUAGACGUCAUGUUGAACUUGCGCUUUGCCACUUAGCACAACAUGAGGUUAAUGCGAAAGACUUGAUCAGCGGAGGAGCACUUUGGGAGCUUGUGCGCAUCUCGCGCGACUGCUCUCGUGAUGACAUAAGGGCUCUUGCUUGUCGGACCUUGACUUCAAGUCCAACCUUUGUAGCUGAACUGCGACGUUUAAGAAUAGAGGUUUAAUUACUCGUCAGUCCCUACUCUUCAGGACCGUACCUUACGACUGGAAACUUCUGCAACUGCUUUUUUCAGAGUUUCCUUGGCAGAGCUUCCUGGAGAUUUGCCCCGUCAUUCGCGCUUUUCACCGCGCUGCAUUGACCUUGCAACAUCAGUUAGGAGAUUUGUAGAAUGUUGUUAACCGUGACCAAUUCUCAGUUUUGGAAUGGUAGAUCCAAAAAAGCGGUUUUCAUGUCAAUAUGAUGUAAGUUAAUAUUCUGUUUAUGGAAUUGGAAUUAUUCGGAGGAGAAGUUAAUGAAAUUAUUUAAAUUCUU